UGGGUAAAAAAGUUUUAGCAAAUGUAGCACAACGUAUUGGGAGAGGUGAUUAUUCUGUACAGGCAGUGUACGGACAGUAGACGUGCGGACACAGGCGUGCAUGGUGCUGUGCGUGCUGGUUAACCUAGCUAGUUAAUUCAGCAUGGACAGCAUAACAUUCGCGUUAAAGCACAUUUAAAACUGUUUAGUCGAGUUCUAUAGUAAACAUUCCCAUUCGCGGUGUAUUUUUUAUUGUAUUAUAGGUUACUUUAAUCACACGUUAAACUAUAACACGAGCACAGCUCUAAAAGCAAGUCACUAUGCAACACAACUGUACAAGAUAUCUCAUCUUUUUUCAGUACCUCGGGACCAAGUACAGUGGGGUCAUGAAGAUUCCAGCCCACCAGCCAGUGGAGGGAGUCCAGAAUCAUAUAGAGAAUGCAGUGCGAAGACUGAAGCCUCUAAAUGAAGUGUCAUUGUACAUCUCCAGUCGAACGGACACUGGCGUUCAUGCUCUCUGCAACUCUGCUCAUCUGGACAUUCAAAGAAAGGAUGACAAACCACCUUUCACUGGAAAAGUCCUGACCGAUGCCUUAAACUUAUAUUUAAAAAAAGAGCCAAUCAGCACCAUGAAUCCUGACAAUGUCAUCUUGGAAUAUGGCCGUGCCAUCCGGGAAGAAAAAUCCAUUGAUGGAAUAACCAGAAUUACAAGAGCCUACAGAGUUUCGAAUGAAUUUCAUGCACGACAUAGUGCCAUAUCGAGAACCUACGUGUACCGCCUGGCCACAGGGCUCUCCUCUUACUCGGAUAUGCCCAUAACUGAGAAGGAUCUGUGCUGGGCAUUACGUGACACAAAGCUGGACAUCAGUGCCAUGGAGGAGGCCAGUGCUGUGCUGACUGGAACACACGAUUUCAGCACCUUCCAGGCCCGAGGCUCAGACCCCAAAAACCCAGUGAAGACCAUGGAGAGGGUGCAGGUGCAGCCAGGCCUGUCCUUCAGCCAGUGCCACUUUAAUAGAGACAUUGAGUAUUGGGAGCUUUCGUUCAAAUGUAGGUCCUACUUAUACAAACAAGUGCGGAGGAUGACCGGGGCUUUGGUUGCUGUUGGGCAGGGUAAACUCUCAGUCAGGCAGAUGCAGAAGCUGCUCGAUGCUCGGGACUCACUUGCCUAUCCACAGAACAUGUGUGCUCCGGCCUGUGGUCUCUAUCUGACCAAAGUGGAGUAUAAUGAUUCAGAUCUUCUGUCUUACACACCAGACGAUACAGACAUCAGAAGCUGACAGUGAUUACACAGCACAGAGCAGGAGGAGUGAAUUGGGAACAUGUAAAUACUGAACACAUAAAACCAUAACAAUACAUACAUUACAAUUUGUAUUUCAUGUAUUUUUAUUUUUUUACUAUUUAUUUACCUAUUUUGAUACAAAUGUAUCUUUAAUAAAACAGGAUUUGAUUGUCAUUUAGACAAAUCACCACA